AGACAUACAGACAAUAAGAAGAAACAUCAGUAGAACAAGAAGUGGACUCUCCUCCUCGUCACUCUCCCCUAAAACCCGCAAAAACCCAUCUUGCAAAUUUUCAAAAUCUUUCAUUCUCUAACCAAAUUCAAGCUCCGCAAAAUUUACAAACCUCAAAGUCAAAAUACCCACAAACCAAACCCUCCUUUCAACUCCAUGCCCAAAUGCCCACCUCUCAUCACCAACUCCAUCUUCAAGGCCCUCAACAACUACUUGUAUCCAAUCCCAAGUAAGUUCCCUUCUCUUUCCAUGAACUCUAACUUUUCAGCCCUUGCAAUUCCAUCGACCAAAACUAUUGAAACUGAACCCCAAAACCACCCUCUACACCGUAACGCCUCUGACCGAGAAAAUGGCAUUGAACAUGACCCCCCGAUAUCUGAUAAGAUAUUCAAGUCUGGCCCCAAAAUGGGUUCGUACAAGUUGGGUGAUUCGACUUUUUAUUCACUCAUUGACAACUACGCAAAUUUGGGUGAUUUUAAGUCAUUGGAGAAGGUUUUAGAUCGAAUGAGGUGCGAAAAGAGAGUGGUUGUAGAGAAAUGUUUUGUUGUUAUCUUUAAGGCUUAUGGGAAUGCUCAUUUACCUGAAAAAGCUGUCGACUUGUUUGAUAGAAUGGCUUAUGAAUUUGAGUGUAAAAGAACUGUAAAGUCAUUUAAUUCGGUUCUUAAUGUGAUUAUACAAGAGGGUUUGUUUUAUCGUGCUUUAGAGUUUUAUAAUCAUGUUACUGGUGCCAAAGGUGUGAAUAUGUCCCCUAAUGUGCUUACUUUUAAUUUGGUUAUUAAGGCUAUGUGUAAGGUGGGAUUGGUUGACGAUGCGGUCCAAAUGUUUAGAGACAUGCCGGUUAGUAAAUGUCAGCCUGAUGUGUACACUUAUUGUACAUUGAUGGAUGGACUUUGCAAGGCGGAUAGGAUUGAUGAGGCAGUUUCGCUGUUGGAUGAGAUGCAAAUUGAUGGUUGUUUUCCAAGCCCUGUUACCUUCAAUGUGUUAAUCAAUGGCUUGUGUAAGAAGGGGGAUUUAGCACGGGUUGCGAAGCUUGUAGACAAUAUGUUUCUUAAAGGAUGUGCUCCUAAUGAAGUAACUUAUAACACACUUAUUCAUGGUUUGUGUCUGAAAGGGAAGCUGGAGAAGGCAAUUAGUCUUUUGGAUCGGAUGGUAUCAAGUAACUGUGUGCCUAAUGUGGUCACAUAUGGGACAAUCAUUAAUGGACUUGUUAAGCAAGGAAGAGCUCUUGAUGGGGCUCGUGUAUUAGCUUUGAUGGAGGAAAGGGGGUAUCAUGUAAAUGAGUAUGUUUACUCAGCGCUGAUUAGUGGGUUGUUUAAGGAGGGGAAAUCUCAAGAGGCGAUGCAAUUGUUCAAAGAGAUGACAGUCAAAGAAUGUGAGCUCAACACUAUUGUAUAUAGUGCUGUUGUUGAUGGUUUAUGCCGAGAUGGAAAGCCAGAUGAAGCACUGGAAGUUGUUUCUGAGAUGACUAAUAAUAGAUGCAAACCUAAUGCUUACACUUAUAGCUCGCUGAUGAAGGGAUUCUUUGAGGCAGGUAAUGGCCAUAAAGCCAUUGAAGUGUGGAAAGACAUGGCAAAGCAUAAUUUUACUCAGAACGAGGUUUGUUACAGUGUACUCAUUCAUGGGUUAUGCAAGGAUGGGAAAGUCAAGGAGGCUAUGAUGGUGUGGGCACAGAUGCUGGGCAAAGGAUGUAAGCCUGAUGUUGUGGCUUACGGUUCAAUGAUUAAUGGCCUUUCCAAUGCCGGCUUAGUAGAAGAUGCUUUGCAACUUUAUAACGAGAUGCUUUGUCAGGAACCUGAUUCUCAACCAGAUGUGGUCACAUAUAACAUACUUUUGAAUGCUUUGUGCAAGCAGAGUAGCAUCUCUCGUGCUAUUAAUCUUUUAAAUAGCAUGUUGGAUCGGGGAUGUGAUCCUGACUUGGUUACAUGCGUCAUAUUCUUGAGAACGUUGAGAGAGAAGCUGGACCCGCCUCAAGAUGGGAGGGAGUUUCUAGAUGGGCUUGUGGUUCGUCUUCUAAAGCGGCAGAGAGUUUUAGGUGCUUCAAAAAUUGUAGAAGUGAUGCUGCAAAAGCUUCUGCCACCUAAACCCUCUACUUGGGCAAGAGUUGUUGAAGAUCUUUGUAAACCUAAGAAGGUUCAGGCAGCCAUUCAGAAGUGUUGGAGCAUCCUAUAUUGCUGAUGUAUUGGGUUCUUGGUGACAUUGUUGUGAAGCUCGUAUGAUCAUAAUGUCACGUAAGCCCCUAGCUUAUAGAGCAUAGACUUCUGUCACAAUUAAUAUGGAGUGUGUGACCAGGGAAGAUGUUGGUGAACGACGAAUCUUGAAACAAACUGUUGGAGAAGUCGAGUACAUUGUGUUUGAGGUACUAACUAUCCAUCCCUUCAACAUGCUUUUAUUUACGUCUUUUUAUUUUUUCCCCCUUUUCUAGCAUGUGCUUUCGGUUCUUGUCUCUACUCAAAAUGUACAAGUUGGUCCAUUGAGACGGAAAAUGCAUCCUUCAGAGAAAAUUGAAGAUAAUAGAGCUUGCCAAUUCUUUUGAAUUUCAGCUAGGAAACACCGCUGGAAGUCCAAAAAAACAGUACCCUGAAUAGAGGCCAGAACACAUCUUAUCCCAUUUUUGUUUCCCUCGAAAGAGAAAAAAUCCAUAAAAAUUGCAGAGCACCACUCCACCCACAUCUGCUAAAGAACUUCAAACAGAACAUAUCUCUGCAAGGGUUUAUGUUCUUUCUUCUUUUCAAAACCUGGAAAAGACAUUACCAAUAGAUCCUAUACUUGAUUAGAGAUCACCAACAACCCUGAAAAACUGAGGAAAGAUGUGCUACGUAUCCCAAGCAUCUGGAUAGUGCAAAAAGAAUUGCUCUGCGUCUGUUUAUUAUUGCAGACCACACAUGUAUUAGGAGAAAUCUUGUUAUGUAGCCUCCUUCAUGCAGAUGUUGUUGGUAUUAGUUCCAUGGUCUGCAUCGCCCAAAUGAAAACCAAGCUUCAGAUAAAAGUUUGUUUUUUUCAGACACAAGUGGCCAAAGAAAAACAAUGGCAGGCUGCGCCUAAGUGAUGUUAAAAAAAAAAAAACACAAAAUUACCAGAAUAUUAUCAAGUUCAAACUCAUUUCCAAAAUCUUGAAAAAAAGAGGAAUAUUAGUUGAGGAGUAGAAGCAACAAAAUGAAAUCCUAUAACAUGAGUUGAGGAGUAGAAGCAACGAAUCAAAUCCUAUAUUUUCCUACCAUUUGGGUUUUCAGAAACAUGGCAGCCCCCAUAUUACCUUUGCUAUGCUGUAGAGAAAAAGUGGCAACGUUGAAAUUAGAGCGGUCAUAAAGAUGGGGAAACACAAUGGUGAAAGAAUACACCUUAUUAAUAGUUCGCUCUAUAGGAUAAUUGCUGUAAGGGUGCCUGUGAAUGAACUUAAAAGGAUUCCUGUAUGGCUAUUUAACCCAAAAGGGUUAAAUGUUAACCUUUCAAGAGGAGUGAAGGAUCAAGGGGAAUAUUUUUUUUUUGUGCUUUUCCUCCAAUUUUUUAAAUCUAAUAUUAAUUUAUUAAUUUUUCUUUUAUGAACCACAAGUUUAGUAUUAUUUAAUUAUUUAAUUUAAUUUAAAACUUGAUUUGAUUUAUAUUGGGCCUCCUUUUUAUCCUUAUUUUUUUCAACUACUACCAAACAUUCUUAACAUUUCAUUUCUUAACAUUUUUUACAGCUUCUUCGCCUUUUAAAUCCCACUCCGUUAAUAUUUCUCCAAAUUUCUAACACCAUACUAAACACAACCUUAGAGGCAAGAAAUCUUUUUUUUGAGAAAUAUAGUAAACGUUCCAAAUGACAAAAGGGUCUCUAUUAUUUUUGUUUUCUUUGAAACAUUAAAUGUUCAGCAUAAUCUUUCAUCUGACUGGCUACUAUCGCCAGAAUCUUACAACGGCAUUGAUGAUGAAGAAUGAGAGUGGCCUGCCCUAAAAGAGAAAAAUGCACUUUUCUGCCAAUUGUUUCUGUAGCUAAUAGAAUAUAAAUAGGACAGAUUUCAUUGCAAAGUUUUGUGGUUUUUUUUUUUAAAAAAAGCCACCACUCGGUUUGAAUACCAUUUUCUGUCUUGACGAGUUUGAAUACCAUUUUCUGUCUUGACGAGGGAAAAAUGGCCCAGGAAGCAUGGUUUUAAAUCAAAAGCUCUUUGGAAGUGCAUGAGACUAUUUUAAUUUGGAGAUGGGUAACACUGGAGAUAAGUUGUUGGUGUGAAGUACCGAGGGAACUGGAUGAAUGUUGGCAGGAAUGGUUUCUCCAGUAAGCAUCUAGAAAGGCAUUUUAGACUUUAUGGUUUUGAAAUUAGAGUUAGGGAGACCCUUCUCCUGCAUAAAGAGAUCACAGUUCAUGGUGGGUUGUUGGGUGGUGCUUUAUGCAAGUGCAAUGAAGAUGGUGUUUUGACCAACCUUUUCUGUUUGCAUUUUUUCCAAAGGAGGUGCGGGUCUUUUGGUGUUCUCGAACUUUUGAGACUGUUUGGGCAAUGCCUAGCAUGGUGCUAGGGAUGCUGAUAAAUAGCUGGAAUAGAAGAUUUGAGGGGCAAAUUAAUCUUAAGAUUUUGGAAAUCCAAACUUGUAGUAGAGUGGAACUAUGACUUUUGAGGGUCUGAGCUUCCUUUUCAUAGGAUUGAACCUCAUUCUUGGGAUUUUUUUCUCCAACAUUGGAAGCUUUUCCCUGAAUAUCCAUUUCCAGAAGUUUUGGAGCUUUCAGAAGCUAUUUUUAUUUCUUUCCUUGUUCUGUUCUCAUCAUUUUGUGGUUUUACUUGCUUUCUUUGGCUCUGUUGUCUAUACUUCGAAAAGCUAGUUACUUUCUCUCA